GUACCACCCAGUCGUUAGGGUUCCGGCGACUCCGGAUGGACGGUCGUCACCGUAACCCGCUGCCCUCCUCCUUCUCCCGAGGCGGCGGCGGCGGCGGGAACCACCCGCACCCUCCUCCGCUUCAUCACCCCCACGCCCACCUCCCGCCUCACCACCUCGACGAAUUCCGGGAGCCGCCGCGCCUGCCCCCGCACCACCUCGAUGACUUCCGAGACCCGCGCCGCCUGCCCCCUGGCCACCCCGACAACUUCCGCGAGCAUCCUCCGCUCCCGCGCCACCACUUCGAGGGCCACGGUGGCGCCCCCCUGCCCCCCGCCUCGCACAUGGCCGCCGCGCUGGAGGAGCGCAUCGGCGUGGAGAUCGAGGAGGCGCACGUUCUGCUCGAGCAGAACCAGCGCCUCGCUGCCACGCACGUCGCGCUAGUGCAGGAGGUCUCCGCCGUGCGGCACGACCUUGGCCACACUGCUCGCGCCGUCGGCGCUGCCCAGCAAGAGGGAGAUCUCCGUAUUCGUGAGGCCUAUGAGAGGUUAAUGAAAAUGGAAACAGAGCUCCGAGCAGUAGAGGAGAUGAGAGCGGAGGUUGCGCAUGUUCGUAUGGACAUUCAACAGCUGGAUGCAGCAAGGCAGGAACUCAUGGGCCAGAUCCAGGGAUACACACAAGAUUUGGCUCGUUCAGCAGUGGAGUUGCAGCAGGUGGCUGCAGUGAAAGCUGAGAUGCAAGAACUCAGGCAUGAAACACAGCAUUUAAGAUCUGGUAUCGAGCUUGAGAAGAAAGGAUAUGCAGAGAGUUAUGAGCAGGGACAAGAGAUGCAGAAGAAAUUGGUUUCAGUUGCUUCUGAAGUGGAGAAACUACGUGCCGAGGUUGCUAAUGCCGAGAAGAGGUCACGAGCUGCUGUGUCUGCAGGAAAUCAAGGUUAUGUUGGAAGCUAUGGAAAUCCUACUGCCAAUUACCCUGUAAAUCCUUACAAUGCUGGAUACAACAUGAAUCAAGCAAACGCUGCUGAUUCUGGUUCCCAGUAUGGAGCUGCUCCAACACACAGUUCCUGGGGCGUCUACGACAUGCAAAGAGCUCCGGGACGGAGAUGAAUGCCGGCAUUAUAUUUUUUCCUGGUCCUCUUAGUGAAAUACAAAACAUUGGUUUCUGGCACAACCUAUGUGUAAUGUUGAUGUAUUAUCUGUCAGAUAUGAAUGGUAUAUUUGUUGGCCCUAAUCUUAGUUAUAUACAAACAAGUGUAGCACAUGUUAAAUUAAUAAACUUUUAAUAAUGCUAUUAGGAUAA